GAGCGCCCUGGGCCAACCGGGGCCAGAUACACGUUAUCACGCGCUCUGGCCCCGCGUUCACUACACCGGCGGUUCUCAGGCUUUUAUACUGGUGGCCCCUUACACACCACAAGCCGGAGUGCAACCCCCUCCUCAUAAAUUAAACACCAUUUUUUUUAAUAUAAAACACUAUUAUAAAUGCUGGAGGCAAAGCGGGGUUUGGGGUAGAGACUGACAGCUCGUGACCACCGUGUAAUAAUCUCAUGACCCCCGAGGGGUUGUGACCCCCAGUUUGAGAACCCCUUCACUACACCCCUGGGUUGUUACAUUCUUCCACUCCAUGGUCACUUCCUCAGUGAUCCCUGUCACACAUACCUCCCUUUCCAGCCCUGAACUUAUAGCUGGAUAGUAUCUGUCUGGCUGUGGAUUUCUAUGAACACAAACUCUUAUUUAAAGUGGUGGAGCAGCGGGCCAUAAUGCAGGGAGAGAAUAAUUUAAGGCCUGUCCUCCAAGUCAUUAACAUCCGUGCUAUCGCCACAGGAAAUGGGCCACCUCGUUACCGUGUGCUGAUGAGCGAUGGGGUGAACACGCUAUCCUCUUUCAUGUUGGCUACACAGCUGAAUUCUCUAAUUGACGAGGAGCGCUUGUCCGCCCACUGUAUCUGCCAGAUUAACAGAUACAUUGUUAACAGCCUGAAAGAUGGAAGGAGAGUGAUUAUAUUGAUGGAUUUAGAUGUUCUGAAAACAGCUGAUGUGGUUGGUGCAAAUAUUGGCAAUCCAGUACCAUACAAUGAAGGACAGGGGCACCAGCAGCAACGUUCCUCAGCUCCAGCAGCCAGCCCAACACACAGCAAACCACAGCAGCAGAAUGGAAAUUCAGCAGUUGGUCCCACUACUACUAAGUACCAUGGCCCUUCAAAGCAGUUUGGUAAAGCAGGUGGUACUAGCUUCUUGAGCACCCCUGGUGGAUCACAGUCCAAAGUGGUACCAAUUGCCAGUCUGAACCCAUACCAAUCCAAAUGGACCAUUUGCGCUCGUGUUACCCAAAAAGGCCAGGUUCGCACAUGGAGCAACUCCCGUGGUGAAGGAAAGCUGUUCUCUAUAGAGCUGGUUGAUGAAAGUGGUGAAAUUAGAGCUACUGCUUUCAAUGAUCAAGUGGACAAGUUCUUUCCCCUCAUUGAAUUGAACAAGGUGUAUUACUUCACCAAAGGUCAUCUGAAGACAGCUAACAAGCAGUACACAGCUGUGAAAAAUGACUAUGAGAUCACAUUCCAUAAUGAGACUUCAGUUGUACCCUGUGAGGAUGCUCAGCACCUUCCUUCGGUUCAGUUUGAGUUUGUGCCCAUCUCUGACUUGGAGAACACAUGCAAAGACUCAAUUGUCGACAUAAUUGGAAUCUGUAAGAGCUAUGAAGACAUCUCUAAAAUUACAGUGAAAUCUAGUAAUAGAGAGGUGUCCAAGAGGAAUGUGCAUUUGAUGGAUACAUCUGGGAAGAUGGUGACAGCUACUCUGUGGGGAGAUGAGGCUGAAAGAUUUGAUGGUUCUAGACAACCUGUGGUAGCCAUCAAAGGAGCCAGAGUUUCUGAUUUCGGUGGCCGGAGUCUCUCUGUUCUGUCCUCGAGCACUGUCGUGGUGAACCCAGAUAGUCCAGAGGCAUUUAAGCUCCGAGGAUGGUUUGAUUCUGAAGGGCAGCUUUUGGAAUGUACCUCAAUCUCUGAUCUGAGAGGUGGACCAACAAUUGGGGGAAAUACCAACUGGAAAACUUUGCAUGAAGCUAAAUCUGAAAAUUUGGGACAAGGAGAUAAGGCAGAUUAUUUUAGCUGCGUGGGCACAGUGGUAUUCCUGCGCAAAGAGAACUGCAUGUACCAGGCAUGUCCCUCUCAGGACUGCAAUAAGAAAGUGAUAGACCAACAAAAUGGACUGUAUCGCUGUGAGAAAUGCGAUCGCGAGUUCCCCAACUUCAAGUAUCGCAUGAUACUCUCGGUGAACAUUGCAGACUGUCAGGAGAAUCAGUGGGUGACUUGUUUUCAGGAGUCAGCAGAGGUCAUUCUUGGGCAAAAUGCUGCUUUCCUGGGAGAACUGAAAGAAAAGAAUGAGCAGGCAUUUGAGGAAGUGUUCCAAAAUGCCAACUUCAGCUCAUACGAGUUCAGGAUCAGAGUCAAGCUGGAGACUUACAAUGAUGAAUCUCGUAUUAAGGCCACAGUAAUGGAUGUGAAGCCUGUGAACCACAAAGAAUACAGCAAGAGGCUGAUCAUGAACAUCAGAAAAAACGCAGUACAGCUAGGAUAAGAAGGAUGGUGUUGAUUGAGCUGAAACUAGAACUUCCACACAGAAUAACUAAGGAGCUGAAGUUAACUUGAUUUCUUCCCACCCCAUGUGACAAUUUGGCAUUAGUUACACAGUGCAUGGUAGCCCUUUAUAGUGGGUAAGUGAUUUCAUGGAAUCCUAUGUGCAGAUAUCCCAGUGGUAAGUUAAAAGAAAGUGCACUCAGGAGGCCUUGGUGUAUUGUGGACUAUCUUGGUCAAUUAAACUAUGGCAGAGCUAAAGAGGAAUCGCUAGACAAA